CGCAACACAACUAUGUUAAAUUUUAGUCGUAUCGUGUUAAUGUUAAAAUGUGUUGAACUAAUAAUAAAUCUGUGAAAUUAACAAAAACACGGCAUUAUUUGGAAAUUUCUUUUUGCUGUUAAAAAGAUGACGUCACGCGUACCUGACGCACAAUACCGUUACGUCGUGUGUUUCCUUCUGGUGUACACCUCGGCGCUGGGCCUCCCGGAAGACGUGUAUAUGGCUAAGUACCGCUGGGCGGAAGAGGGCGACAUCAACAUCGGCGCCAUCCUCUCCAUCCACUCGUCCAACUCGCUCUUCAACUGCACGGACACCAUUCAGGACAUCCGCAAAGUUCAGAACGUCGAGGCACUCAGUUUCGCCGUUCAGGAUAUCAACGCCCGGUCGGAUUUACUGCCCAAUCUUACCCUCGGGUUUCACAUUCUGGACGACUGCCUAUCACCGUCCAUCGCCCUCGCUCGCGCGAUCCAAUUCAUGCCGAGGAAGAUACGGGAAGGCGCCAGUGACGUUCAUGGGGAAUCGUUGGGCAAGCCGUCCGUUGACGGCGGUGACGUUCAGACGUUCUAUGACGUCGUGGGCGUUAUCGGAACGUACACAAGUACGCUCAGCAUCGUGGUGGCAAAUGUCAUGAGUCUGUUCAAGCUUCCACAGAUCAGUCACACUGCGACGAGCGACGUCUUGAGCGACAAGAACAGGUUCCCCUACUUCUUUCGGAUGGUUCCGCCUGACAGAUAUCAGGCUAAAGCCAUUACUAGUGUCCUGCACGCUUUUAACUGGUCCCAUGUGUCUAUUGUAUAUUCCGAGGGAAAUUAUGGCAGAGACGGCGUGAAGGAGUUACAGAAUACGUUUCAAUCCGUUAAACACGGUGUCUGCAUAGAGGAAUCUAUUGAGAUCAAUUACGGUUCCCAAGAGCAAGACUUCAUAAACAUUCUUGCCCGUCUUAAGUCCCACGAGGAUACCAGGGUAGUGGUGGCGUUCGUUGAAAUCAGCGACGCCAUAGCAUUGGCUGACGCCGUCGGUAAGGCGAACGUUGUGGGUCGGUUCGUGUGGCUCGGCAGCGACAGUUUUAGUUUAAUUUUGGAAGAAGAUGGCAACAAGUGCAGUCAUUUUCCUGGCUCAAUAUUCGUGCAUCCGUAUGCUCAAAAUAUUGAACGAUUUGGAGACCAUUUGAAAAAUGUAGGCGUGCAUAACAGUCACAAUCCAUGGCUGCGCGAAUUAAUGGCUUCGGCACAUGAUAAUACAAGCUCGAAUGACAUUAAAUUGUUGUCGUCCGACGGGAAAUUUGUUAUUAAGCCCGGAUUUGUAGAUUCCUUCCUUAUCGACAGUGUGUAUGCGUUUGCGCACGCUAUCGACAACGUUGUGAAUAAAUUUUGUUCCCCGCAGAAUUGGACUCUUAAAGACAUUCCGAAUUGCGUCUCAAGAAUAGGAAUAUUUAACGAACUUAAAACAAUUCGGUUCAACGGUUCGCUGGGUGAAAUAGAGUUCAAUAAGUUUGGAGAUGUUAAAACUAAAUACGAAAUUCACCAAUGCGUCGUAUAUAACGAAUCCAAUGCAGCCAUUAAGUCGGUAGGGUUCUGGGACAUGACCGCCGAGGACUUACGGGUUUCCUUCGACGAGCUGAUGUGGACCAAGCAUACUCUGCCGUUCUCCGCCUGUCCCAGACCUUGCACAGACACCAUAGGCACGAUUUAUUACUUCCGGAAGCAAACUUGCUGUCACGCGUGCGUGACCUGUAAAGUAAACGAAAUCGUUACCACCAAUGCAACACGUUGCGAAGUCUGCCCCGAACAUUACUGGCCGGACGACGCUAUGAGAACCACGUGUCUGUCAAUACCUCCCGUUUUCUUUGGCCUCCAGAACGCCGUCUCGAUCGGGCUCUGCGCGGCCGCCAUCUUGGGUGUGAUCACUUGUAUCUGGGUCACCGCGACGCUUGUCAAAUAUCACGAGGAGCAUGUUAUUAAAUGUUUCAGCGUAGAACUGAGCGGUAUAAUCCUGCUCGGGACGCUGCUUACGUACGGUCUGACCGGAAGUUUCCUCUCGGAACCCAACACGCUGAAAUGCUACGUCAAUCACGUGGGGUUCAGCUUGACAUUCACGAUCAUCUACGCUCCGCUACUCGUGAAGACCAACCGAAUCUACCGGAUCUUCAAUGCCGGCCGGCGGACGACGCGGAAACCUUGUCUGAUCAGCAACAGCAGCCAGGUGACCAUAUCGCUGGCACUGAUCAUAGCACAGGUUGUCAUCGUCAUCAUCUCGACGAGCCUGCAGCCCCCGGAAGUGAUACUGCAGAUGCCACGCCGCAACGAAAAGUUCGUGGAACUAUUUUGUAACCUUCCGCACGUGGGACUUCUUGUUUCGCUCUCGUACAAUCUCGUACUGGUAGUUAUUUGUGCUUUCUACGCGUUUAAGACGCGGAAACUUCCCGACAACUACAAGGAGUCUCGCUAUAUUGCAUUCUGCGUUGACACGACCUUGUUAAUCUGGGUCACAUUCGUGCCAACGUAUUUUACAGCCACGCGGGCGGCAGCGAAAACGACAAUCUUGGCCGUUUCUCUACUUUUAAACGCAUCAGUGACGUUAACGUGCUUAUUCAUAACGCGAAUAAUGUCUUUGUUCAGAAGCCUAAAAGAUAGCUCAAGAAAUCGCCACGACUACAAAGACUUUCGAAUAGUUAAACACGUUGUUAAAAGAAAGCGUUCGUGUGAUCAUCAUCUUGAACAGACCAGUGACAUCGCCACCAAGAGACGCCUGACAAGCGCUCCGAGCGCCCAAACGCUUGCCAGUGGAGUCAAUUUGUCGCCGGAAAUGAGCUUUAUUCUUUCACCAAGGGCAAUUAUGGCCAUCAGCAUGGAAUCAUGUGACUUUAAUGAAGAGAACAUCUAGAAUUCCAUUCCUCUAAAUACAUAUCAGCCUCGCUCUGUGAAAAUCUGACUAAAUGCAUGUGCGUAAAGUAUCGUCCCAGAUCAGGCUGUGAUCAAAAUGACAAUUUAAAAAAUAUCAUAGAUUAACCAAAGAAUGCACACGUGAUAUUCAAAUUAGCGAAAUAACAAUACUACAUGACUGAGAUGAUAAAAGUUUGUUUCAUUUAUGGAUAAUCUUAAAUGAAACUCGGCUUUAUAAUUAGGCAUGUGUAAAUGUUUUUCAUCGAUAAAAGUUCGGAAUGCGCGGCUUAGUUAAAAGCGCGAUUGCACCAAUGUUAGCAAGUUAUGGUUGGAAAGUUAGCGGCAUUUUAGCCAUAAAUAAAAGUAAUAAACGUAUACAAUGUCGAAAAAUUGUAUCUCGGCAAAGACGUCGCCAUCUUGUUUGUCACGUGAUUACCACAUACCGUACAUGCGUUGUUAAAGUUUUGUCUUUUGGAAUUGUGUAUGGUUCUUGAAUAUUGUUAAAUAAAAUAAACAAAGAAAGCAUCCAACGUGUCUUCGUAUAAUGUGUGUAUUUGUAGCAGCAAUUGUAUUAUUAUAUACAUUUUUGCUAGAACACACAUUGGCGCAAUUUUAAGGACCAAUAUGUUUACCAUGUAAUUCAGCAACUGGUGACAUGUAAGAUAUUUACAAUUAAAUACGCCCCUUUGGGUCCCCUCGCGUCACAGUUAAUAUUUUUCAAAUUGAGCCUCGCUCUGGGACAAACAUGUUUUAAUGGAUGUGCGUACAGUGUCGUUCCAGAUAAGCCCGCACAGGCCAUUAAGAAACGAAACUUUCCGCUUUAACGGAAUUUUCGCUGAGAAGAAAAUUUAUUGAACGACAUACCAUAAAAGCGUCAAGUGCCAUAGGCACAGGCUAAUCUGAGACGACGCUUAACGCACAUAAAUUAAUUAAAAUUAAUUACCGUUUUCCCAGAGCUCUAGUGCUCUAUUUUAUUUGGCCUUAGUCGAGUGCAAGUACAACCGUUUGCAAUGUUUCGUUCUGUACACUAACAGAGUACCGGUAAUAGCACCAGGCACUGAAAACAACGCUGUGUUAAAUUGUUUUGUAAAACACAGUCGCGGCUGUAUAUACACAUAACAAAGUUCGAUGAAAAGUGUUUUAAUUUUGUCCUCGGGGUCUGGAAAUGAAUAUCUCGAGUCCAUGGCGUAUUUCAGUACAACGUUUUAAGUAAGGCGAAACGACCGCUACUGAGUGAAAAUAAAUGAGACGCACUAUGUGGAAACGGUGCUUCAUGCUUGUGCAAACGCACAGGCCACUCAGGGACGACUCUUUCCGCUUUUAUGAUAUUUUCGUGUCAAGGAAGUGUCUCCUUAGUGAAAAUCCAUAUAAAGCGGAAAGUGUCGUUCCUGCUUUGCCUUGGCAGUACGCACAGGCUAAUCUGGGACGACACUUUACGCAUAUGAAUUAAGUCCCGUUUUCAUAGCGCGCAUUCCAAAAUUAUAUCGACCUGAGACCUUCCGUUUGGUUAUAUGAAUUGUUUUUGAACACUUGACUCACAUGAAUCAAGAUAAUAAACAAUCCGUCCCUUAUUUCAAGAUGCGAGAAGCUCUUUGGAACUAUUACCGUAAAGCAUUAUGUGACCAGAUAUUUCCUUCUUGAGACUAAUUUAGAUCCAU